UUUCUGGCCAUAUAAUCCGUUAAGUCGUCUUGAGCAGGCGGUCACUCAAAGCUGAUGACUGGGUCAGUUGAAUGUGAUAAACCAAAGAGAUCACAACAAUUGUUAUUGAUUUUAUUUAUUCAUUUGUGUUUUCGUCUUUGAUUUAUAAGAAGAAACAAAUCAAAAGGAAGAGAUUAACUUGAAUAUCUACGUCAAGUGACUCAGUGGCGCCUUUCAAUAAAAUGAUUUUAUCACCAGAAAAGAAAUAUCGGCCAGCAAGAGAUCCUAUAAAACAAAGUGAAGAAUUCCUGAAGAGUUCCCGGAUCAGUUUGCGCGUGAACAAAAUUGCUAAUUCACGCUUUGCAAAAAAAAAAUGUUUUGAAAAAUGUCAAAUUAAUUCUAUUGACGGUAAAAGAUCGCAACAAAGUCCUUUUCAUAUCUUCAAGGGUAAAUAAAAUGUUAGAUAUAUGUUAAUUGGUGUAAUCAUUAAUAAAAAGAAGUUCAGUGUUGAAGUGCUUUCAAAUUAGUGAAAUGUGAAAGAUUCGUUGACUUGAUUGGCUGAUAGCUCCAAAUUCCACCUCUGAGAUUUUAAAAAUGAAAUCCUGGAGCUCAGAAGUGAUGCGAGUGAAAUUUAUUUUUGGCAAUAACAUGUUUAUUUAUAAAACGAUUAAAAUGCAAGCAACCAAUUAAAUCUACACGUUUUAAGAACUUUCAUUAAUGUUUUUAUUUUUCUCUUCUGAUCUUCGAUUGCAUUAAGUCAUGCAAUAACGAGACGACAUUAAUGUAGCUAAAAAUAACUUAAUCAGCAAGUCAGUUCAAAGUCGAAGUCAAAGAUGUUUCAAGGAAAAAAGUUGAAAUUCUUCGGACUUUGUCAAGACGAGGACAAGGAUUUCAACGACAAUCGACACAUGAAUAAAUAAUUGAACAAUAACGCUGAAGGUUAUUGAAGUGCAUGUCGACUUGACGAUUAUUGCAACAACAUAAAUGAUCGGUGUCGAACUCAAUUUUUAUGUGUUGCAGGCACGAAAGCUAACGCUAAGCAAAGAAUGAAAGUGCAGUCAUUACCACACGUCAUAGACAAAGGAAAAUCAAUAAUUUAUUUUCAGUCUGCAAUUGAAUUUCAUCAAAAGUAGAGUUGCGAUAAGUUUCAAUGAGAAUCAUUCUUAGGUGUAAUAAAUUAAAACGCGAAGUUUAUAAACAAAAUUAAAUGUUUAAAUUGAAAACUUUCCAGAUUUCUUCUUAUUCUCAUAAUUUCUUUGAGAAGUGUUAAUGGACAAGACAACAAUCAAGUAGACGACGAUGGAAAGAAUAAAACAACAAAUUUUGAAAUUACAUGUCAAAUCUAUAACAAAACUUACACUGGAGAAGAAUGUCUUCGAUCGCUGGAAAAGUUUGGAAAGGUUGUCAGUUACAUCGUCACUGGAUUCGUAGUGAUUGUUUUAUCGUGUUGUUGUGGAUGGUUGAUGUGUAUUUGUAAAAUAUUUCAUAACAAAAAGCAUCGUAAUAAUGGACAAAUUCUUCAAAUGAAUCAUCACAAUCCGACAGUUGCAACUGUAGCUUAAGUUCUUAUCUUAGCUCGCAAUCUUUAAGAACUCACAAAACUCAUUAGCUUGUGUCGUGUAAUAAAAGAUUUCUCGUUGUUCUGGUUUCAAAGGGCUAAUAAUUUUUCUAUUAUCUGAAACAUCCAGCGAUGAAUUCUCAUGCGGAUUUCAUUUUUUUACAGAAUGUUGCAUAUUUUUUUAGCAGAAAAAACAGGAUUCUUCAACAUUCCAUGAAUUUUUAAUUACAAUAUGUACAAAAGUAUUUACGUAGCUGAGGUUGGGUGAGAAAUAAUUGAAAACUUUUGUCUUUUAGUUGAUGUUACUGCCUGGGAAAUUUCCAGUGACACUUUCUAUUAAUUCUUUCACAUCUCUCUGUUAUCACAUUAGUUUAUUCCUCACAAUCACACAUAAAUAUUUAGCCUCAUGCAUCAUAAUUAUUCACAGAGGCUCUCCAGAAUGUUUCCUUGAAUGCUACAACAUAUAUUUGUCGUUUCGUGAAUGCAAAAGAACUGCGGAAUGUCAAAAUGAGAAGACAAAUCUUUGUUGUUAUUGUUAUCAGAAGAGUCUGAAGAGAGGAAAGCGUUUUCAUUAUUAUUUUCAUUUUUAAAAAAAUGUAAUAUCCAGGGAGAAUUAAACAUAAACUACAAUUAAGUGAG